AUGUCUCGGCGCUAUGAUUCACGGACCACCAUCUUCUCCCCAGAAGGUCGGUUGUAUCAGGUCGAAUAUGCACUUGAGGCUAUUUCUCAUGCCGGCACUGCCCUCGGAAUUCUUGCCAAGGAUGGAAUUGUGCUGGCCGCGGAGAGAAAGGUGACCAGCAAGCUACUGGAACAGGAUACCUCUGCCGAGAAGCUCUACACAAUCAACGAUAACAUGAUCUGCGCCGUCGCCGGUAUGAACGCCGAUGCCAACAUCCUGAUCAACUAUGCCCGUCAGAACGCCCAGCGCUACCUCAUCACCUACAACGAAGACAUCCCAUGCGAACAGCUUGUGCGUCGACUCUGUGACUUGAAGCAAGGAUAUACCCAACAUGGAGGUCUCCGUCCUUUUGGUGUUUCGUUCAUCUAUGCUGGGUGGGACCACCUACGCCAGUUCCAGCUGUACCAGAGUAACCCUAGUGGAAAUUAUGGCGGGUGGAAGGCCACCAGCGUUGGUGCCAACAAUGCCAGCGCACAGAGUCUGCUAAAGCAAGACUACAAGGAAGGCCAGACCCUACAGGAAGCUUGCGCUAUGGCAGUGAAGGUGCUGAGCAAGACCAUGGAUUCGACAAAGCUGAGCAGUGAAAAGAUCGAGUUCGCAACGGUGGGUAAGACCAAGGAUGGAAAGAUCUAUCACCACCUAUGGAGCGCUGAUGAGAUUGAUGCGCUCUUACGGGAUCAAGGGCUGGCCAAGGUGGACGAUGAGCCCGAGGCUGGCGAUAUUAAAUAG